AUGUCUGCUCAGGCUGCUCUUUUAAGCCUUAGAAGCUUCAAUUUAUUCUCUGGAUGGCCCGAAGUGGCCUCGACGACCAAGGACGAGUUUGACGAUUAUGUCGCCGCAAGAGGUGAACCCAUUCGAUUCAAGUUCGAAUGUAACAAAAGAAAAUGCAAAGCUUCACGCCUUGUCGUCAAAGUAGGCCUGUUGAAAACCACAUUUUUCGAAGGUCUACACUGUGAUCGCAAAAAGUUUUUCCUUUUCUCCUUCCUCUACGUCACCUCUUCCAUGAAAGUCGAGGAAAUGGCACUCAUCCAAAUCGGGGGAGUCGGUACCAUUGUGCAAAUUGAUGAUACAAAUAUUGUCAAGAGGAAACACAAUGUGGGCCGAAUGGUGAGGGAUGGCUGGUUAGUUGGAGGAAUUAAGGACGGCACUCGUUCGGUGUUCGUCGAAAUCACAGGACGUCGUGAUCAGGCAUCUCUCGAAGCGAUCAUUACUCGAUAUGUCAUUCGUGGCACCACAAUUCGUACUGAUUGUUGGGGAGGUUAUAACGGUUUGGCAGCUCUUGGAUAUGUUCACGAGACGGUGAAUCAUUCGCUCAACUUCGUGAAUCCAACCACUGGUGUCCACACUCAACGUGUUGAGUCACUUUGGAGCCAGUUGAAGAAAGAAAUCAAACCCAAAUGUGGACUCAGAGGAGACAAUUGGGACGAUCACUGGUUUCAGGCUCUUUGGAUGUUCAAGUAUCACGAAGAGUCGAAAUUCUAUGAGCUGUGGAAGCAAAUCUCGGAGAAAUACCCAUUGAAUUAA